UCUCAUCAAUCAACUGAAACUUCUUCAAACCCUAAUUACAUCUGCACAUUUCUAGAGAGAGAAAGAGAAUAUGGGGAAAAUACCGGUGAAGAUGAAGUCGGUGACAUACGCCCUGUCGCCAUUUCAGCAGAAGGUGAUGCCCGGGCUCUGGAAGGAUUUGUCCGGUAAGAUCUCCCACAAGAUCUCCGAGAAUUGGAUCAGCACCACGCUCCUGCUCGGCCCGCUCGUCGGCACCUAUUCGUAUGUGCAGUGGUACCUGGAAAAGGAGAAGAUGGAGCACAGAUACUGAAGGUAGUUAUACCAAUACUCGAUUU